CUCUUGAGACUGUGUACACUGAGACAGUACCGGAGAGCAGUGAACUACGAGAGGCCGACUGGAGCACAGAGCUGCAGCUUUUUCCCUUUGACACCAGUGGCAGAGAGGACAGCUGCUGGUGGAGAUGACUGCACUGUCACUUCAGAAACAGCAUCCCUCCAAUUUGGGAACUUUUCUCUGUCCUGAGAGCUUGAAAGUUACUGGGAGUGUUUAAACGAAGAGGCACAAUUAUUGGAGGAUUUCUACCUCAGCUUGGAGUUAGGCACACUCGAAGAGGGUCAUUUUCAGACGUGUUGGAUAAAAACAUAUUGACAACCAUCUUCCAGGAUGAAGACUCAUCUCCUCUGCUUGGAGGUGCUCCUCUUGGCGGGUUAUGUCCUUGUGGUCAGUGGGCAGUUGAAGCCAAAGGAAGUAGCGCCCCAGGACCUUUUUGCUGUCACCCAAAGACCUGAGCUUGUGGAGAGAGAUGCACAAGGUGUGGUGAGGCCCAACAUGACCAUGCCCCGCCGCCGGCUACCUCCUAUGUGCACCGGACCCACGGAAAUCCGAGACACGUUCAAGUACAUCAACACGUUGGUGUCCUGCCUGGUGUUUGUCGUGGGUAUUAUUGGCAAUUCGACUCUGCUGAGAAUCAUCUAUAAGAAUAAGUGCAUGCGUAAUGGGCCGAACAUCCUGAUCGGCAGCCUGGCACUGGGAGACCUGUUGCACAUCAUCAUCGCAAUUCCCAUUAAUGUUUAUAAGCUCUUGGCAGAGGACUGGCCUUUUGGAGUGACUCUGUGCAAGCUGGUGCCGUUUGUCCAGAAAGCCUCAGUGGGGAUCACAGUGCUGAGUCUGUGCGCUUUGAGUAUUGACAGGUAUCGUGCAGUGGCCUCGUGGAGCCGCAUCAAAGGGAUCGGAAUUCCAAAGUGGAUGGCUAUCGAGAUCGCACUCAUCUGGAUAAUAUCCAUCAUCCUAGCUGUGCCCGAGGCAAUAGCCUUCGACAUGAUCACCAUGGACUACAAAGGAGAAAACUUGAGGAUCUGUUUGCUGCACCCCAUGCAGAACACGAAUUUCAUGAGGUUUUAUAAAUCAGCGAAGGACUGGUGGCUGUUCAGUGCAUAUUUCUGUCUGCCGUUGGUCUGCACGGCUAUUUUCUACACCUUGAUGACCUGUGAGAUGCUGAGGAAGAAGAAUGGAGUCCAGAUUGCUCUCAGUGACCACCUCAAACAGCGAAGGGAGGUGGCAAAGACCGUGUUCUGUCUGGUUCUGGUCUUCGCUCUGUGCUGGCUGCCGCUCCACCUCAGCCGUAUCCUGAAGCUAACUAUCUAUGAUGAAAAAGAUCCAAACAGAUGCGAACUGCUCAGUUUCUUUUUGGUGUUGGACUACAUUGGCAUCAACAUGGCGUCUGUAAACUCCUGCAUCAACCCAAUCGCCCUCUACAUUGUCAGCAAGCGCUUCAAGAACUGCUUCAGGUCCUGCCUGUGCUGCUGGUGCCUACCAGCUGAGAUGUUGAUGGAUGAGAAGCAGUCGUGCAUGAAGCUGAAAGUCACCGAUCGAGCCUCCGACCAGAGCCACUCCCGCAUGACCAACAAGUCCACUACGGCCUGAGGAGGGAGGUAACGUAAAAGAGGAGUAGAUAUGACAAAAAUAAGUAUGGAUGACAGAAUGAGGAUACAUCCCUAUUCUUGUCUCGUCAAAAACAUCAUAUAAAGUCUCCUCCAUUUUUAGAAGACAUCCUUUGGAAAUCAGAGGGGAAACUCUGAACACUUGCCAUAAUGGACUGCUGCACACUCUCCCUGUUCAAGAAGAAACAUGUGCUCUCCAAAAGCGGUAUUUUUGGAUAUAAGUGUGAGAUGUGUAUGAAUCAGGCAAAAGAAGUGUUCGAAACGACAAAUAUCGAAAACUAAAUGGUGGGCGAAGUUCAGCACAAGUGUUGUGUAAAAUGUGAGGAUCAAGGGUGUAUUAGCCAAGACAGCUCAUCAGCCUUGCAGCUGAAUGUUACUUAGACGUUUUGAAUCUUGCAAUAACAUUAUAGUGUUACGCUGUGUUGCUACCACUCUCACUGCAGCAACUUUGAACAUUUUAAACAGUGAAACUUUGCUCUUCUUCGAGAUUUGUUUACGUUUUUUUGUAUUUCCUUUAUAUUGAAUACUUAUCCGCAUGUGACAUUAUUGCCUUUAAAUGCAUCGUAUUUGUAAUUUUUCCACCAGUUAUUGAACUACUGAUGUUGCUGUGAUUUGUGUGACCAUUCCGCUAUUGUAUGAUACUGUUCAAUAUUUGGCCUGUUCUUGAGGCUUCAUGUGUUUUGUGAUAGCAUUUGCUCCACAUUAUCUUACUCUGACUCCUAAACUAUAGCUGGUACGACAAGAGGUAAGGGUUUCUUUUUGGAAUAAAUACAAAUGAAUAUAAUAAAGAAAAAACUAGUCACUUGUCAUUUUGAAAUAAAGAAAAA